AUGAGUGUUACCGCUCAGGCAUCUGCGUCAAGCAGCGAUGUUAGAUUCCACGGCGUGGUAUCGUCCUCAUCGUCUAAGGCCAUGAAUGGUUCACCUCGCACUGAGACUUCGCUUCCUCCCGGCGAGGCUAGCGGAGCGACCAAAGGAAAGAGGAGGAGCAAGUAUCGACAUGUAGCUGCCUACCACUCGAAGUUGCAACAUUCGAGUUUAAGCCGAGAAUCCAACGUUCCGACUAGUUUCCUCGGGUUCCGAAAUCUCAUGGUGAUCGUACUAGUGGCAAUGAAUCUCCGACUGAUUAUUGAGAAUUUCAUGAAAUACGGUGUCCUCAUUUGCAUUAGAUGCCAUGACUACCGAAAACAAGAUGUUGUACUUGGCUCAAUGCUUUUUGCCCUUGUUCCUUGUCAGCUUUUUAUCGCGUAUAUCCUUGAAUUGGCCGCAGCAAGUCGGGCUAAAGAAACUGUUGGCCGAAACAAAAAGGAUAAAUCAGCUGAGCAGGGCGAGCGUGAACAGCGUGAAUUCCGAACUAUUUGGCGAUUCGCCUUAUCUUUCCAUAUCCUCAAUACCCUGCUCAAUCUAGCAGUAACCAGCUAUGUUGUAUAUUAUUAUGUCCACCACCCGGGGAUCGGGACGCUCUGCGAAGUCCAUGCGAUCAUUGUGGCGCUCAAAAAUUGGUCCUAUGCAUUCACCAAUCGUGAUCUACGCGAGGCGAUGCUAAAUCCACCUGUGGAGUCUGCCCUUCCUGAGAUUUAUUCUUCGUGCCCUUAUCCAAGGAACGUCACACUGGGGAACUUGGUGUACUUUUGGCUAGCACCUACACUAGUUUACCAGCCUGUUUAUCCCAGGUCACCAGAGAUCAGAUGGUCGUUUGUCGGCAAGCGCAUGUUCGAAUUCUUAAGUUUGUCUGUCUUUAUCUGGCUUCUCUCGGCCCAGUACGCUGCUCCAGUUUUGCGAAACUCGAUUGACAAAAUCGCUGUUCUGGACAUUGCAUCUAUUCUGGAGCGGGUGAUGAAGCUAUCCACCAUCUCCCUCAUUAUCUGGCUUGCUGGCUUUUUUGCCAUAUUCCAGUCAUUCUUGAAUGCCCUUGCUGAAGUGAUGCGGUUCGGAGACCGUGAAUUCUAUCUCGACUGGUGGAACAGUUCCAGUCUUGGCGUAUACUGGCGAUCCUGGAAUAGGCCUGUCUAUCUCUUCAUGAAGAGGCAUGUGUAUUCGCCUUUGAUCGGACGAGGAUAUAGUCCACUCACAGCAAGCACUGUUGUCUUUGUUGUUUCGGCUCUUCUGCAUGAACUGCUCGUGGGGAUCCCCACCCAUAAUCUGAUAGGCGUCGCACUCUUUGGGAUGUUGUUCCAACUGCCACUGAUCAUGGCCACCACCCCACUGGAGAAGAUGAAAGACCCCUCCGGAAAAGUCAUUGGGAAUUCAAUAUUUUGGGUCAGCUUUUGUCUGGUUGGACAGCCUUUGGGCGCCUUGCUGUAUUUUUUUGCCUGGCAGGCGAAGUAUGGGAGCGUUAGCAGAAUGACCUAA